GCCACGCCCCUCCCGUUAGGCCCCGCCCCGUCAUGGCGCUGUCCGCCCUGGAGCGGGACCCGGCGGGCGGGGGUCGCUUCUCCUCCGCCGUGCCCCCCCUGUGCCGCCGCCGGCCCUGCGCGCUCGGCGUGGACGAGGCGGGCCGGGGGCCGGUGCUCGGGCCGAUGGUUUACGCGAUCUGCUACUGCCCCGUGGAGAAACUGGAGGAACUGGAGGCGCUGGGGGUGGCAGACUCGAAGACGCUGUCGGAGGCGGAGCGGGAGCGGCGCUUCGGGCUCCUGGAGGCUGCGGGGGGCUCGGUGGGGUGGGCGCUGCAGGUGUUGCCCCCCGCCCACAUCUCGGCCUCCAUGCAGCAGCGAGCCAAAUACAACCUGAACGAGCUGUCCCACGACACGGCCACCGAGCUGAUCCAGUUCGCGCUCGAUUCGGGGGUGCAGGUGGCCGAGGUGUUCGUGGACACGGUGGGGCCGGCGGACAAGUACGAGGCCAAGCUACGGCAGCGCUUCCCGGGGCUGGGGGUCACCGUGCGCCCCAAGGCCGACGCCCUGUUCCCGGUGGUCAGCGCCGCCAGCAUCUGCGCCAAGGUCGCCCGGGGACCGGGCCGUGCUCCACUGGAACUUCGUGGAGGAUUUGGGGGACCCCGACCGCGAUUACGGCUCCGGGUACCCCAACGACCCCAAGACCAAGGAGUGGCUGAGGAGGAACCUGGAGCCGGUUUUUGGGUUCCCCCAGCUCGUGAGGUUCAGCUGGGGGACGGCGCAGUGCGCUGCUGCAGCGCGACGGGGUCCCGGUGCAGUGGGCUGAUGAAGACCCCACAGACGACCCCACGGCCCCCCCCUCGGUGCUCUCCUACUUCGCCCGGAGCCCCCCUCGGCGCCUCCCCCACCGCUUCUUCCAGGAGCGCAGCCUGCGGCCCCUGGCCGAGCUGUGACCCCCCCGAAACGGGGACACCCCCCCCGAAACGGGGACCCCAAAACCAGCUGGUUGUUUUAUAAUAAAGAGUUUCAAAA